AUGGCGCCGGUCGUCGCUUCUGCUGUUGCACUCUUGGCACUUGCCGGAGCUGUAGAUGCCAAACCUUUACUGAAACCUGGAAGACAUGCCAAUCCUCAUGUAGCUGGUGUGUUGUCAGCCUCGAAGAGAUCUUUACAUUCUCUCUUGGCUAGAUAUUACGGUGACAAGCAUGGUCUUACAAAACCACCUCCACUUGCCGAGAAGAGAGACACCACUUUACCAGCUGGAUGGUCAUCUUUCGGCUGUGUCAUGGAAUCCAUGGAUGAGAGGUUAUUGCAAGGAUUCGCCUUCUCCUCAUCUUCUUUGACUCCUCUUCUCUGUGUUACUCAAUGUACCAAACUGGGGUACACUUAUGCAGCUACAGAAUUCGGUGACGAAUGUUACUGCGGUGACGAUUUUGUUGGAUCCGGUGGUGGUCGAGCUCCCGAUGCUUCAUGUAACGUCCCCUGUGAAGGUGACACCAGCGAAAGCUGCGGUGCUGCUUGGCUUUUGUCCCUUUACCAAUACAAUUCUAGUCAACUCGCCGCUUGUAGCGGUACUUGGUCUACAACAACCACAAGUAGUGUAGCUGUACCUGUUGCUACCGAAUCAACAACAACUGCUCUUGUGAACGGUACAACCUCAAUCGGUGUCAUCGGUAUUGCUACCACUGGAUCUGUCCCAACUGCAUCAGUCACAGCCAACUCCACCGAAGUCAUUCCUACUGCUUCAGUAUCAGUCAACUCGACUGACUCGGUUUCCGUUACCGCUUCUGCCACCACCACUGCCGCCUACCCUAUUUACACCGAUGCUACCGACUCUUCCGAGUGGUAUUCUCUCGGUUGCGCAGUCGACAGUUCGGACCGAAUUCUCCAGGGAACCAGCAAAGUGGGAUUCACUGGUAUGACAGUCGAUAAAUGUCUCUCUUUCUGUGAAGAUGCUGGAUUCAAAUAUGCGGGUGCCGAAUAUGGUGACGAAUGUUACUGUUCCAACACCUUACCAGCUUCGAUUCAAUACAUCGAUGCCGAUUCCAACUGUAAUGUCGUUUGCGAUGGCGAUUCAACAGAAGGCUGUGGUGGAGGAUACGCUUUGGAUCUCUUCGAGUUGAUCUCAGCUGCCGGUAACGACACUGACUGUACCACAUCCGCCACCGGAGUUGCUGCCACUACUGGAGGUACAACCAAGACUGCAGCUACCACUACCGCCGCUACCGUUGUCGCUACCACAGCUGCUACUACCAAGGCUGCUACCACCACUGCCGCUACUACUACUGCCGCUGCUACAACCGUUCCUGCUUCAACUCAAACCGCUCCCGCAUCUUCCGAGUCUCACUACGUAUGGGCCCAUCACAUGGUCGGAAACACAUACCCAUACACUCAAUCCAACUGGGCUAGCGAUAUCUCCGCUGCUAAAGCCGCCGGCAUUGAUGGCUUCGCCUUGAACAUGGGUUCUGACUCUUGGCAAGUCGAUCGAAUCAGCGAUGCUUUCUCUGCCGCUGGUUCAUCUGGAUUCAAGUUGUUCCUCUCACUGGAUAUGACCGUUCUCCCUUGUGGCUCUGGUGACGCAAGCAACUUAGUCAACCUCGUUAAGAAGUUCGCAGGUUUGUCUGCUCAAGCCACACACAAUGGAAAAGUUCUGGUCUCUACUUUCGCCGGUUCCGAUUGUGGCCUCAACUGGAAGAACGAUUUCGUCAAUUCUCUUUCCAGUUCCGGUGUUGACAUCUUCUUCGUACCAAGUAUCUUCUCCAACCCAUCGACAUUCUCUAGCAAUGAUUGGAUGGAUGGUGAAUUGAACUGGAACUCUGGAUGGCCAAUGGGCGCCGAUGACCUCGACACUUCUUCCGAUAGCACCUACUUGUCUGCUUUGGGAGACAAAGAAUACUGGGGUGCCGUUUCUCCCUUCUUCUUCACCCACUUCUCACCCUCUACCUGGAACAAGAAUUGGCUUUACCGAUCCGAUGAUUGGCUUUACGCUACUCGAUGGGAGGCUUUGAUCGGUAUGCGAGAUAAAGUCAAGUCGGUUGAAAUCCUCACUUGGAAUGAUUACGGAGAAUCAUCUUAUAUUGGUCCUAUUGAGGGUGCUCUUCCCGCUGGUUCCGAUGUAUGGACAAAUGGUUACGAACACACCGCUUUGAGCUCAUUGACCUCUUAUUACUCUACUGCUUUCAAGACCGGCUCUUACCCAUCUAUCACACAAGAUGAGAUCAUUAUGUGGGCUAGACCUCAUCCUCACGAUGCCACUGCUACUUCAGACAGUACUGGCAAACCUACAGGAUGGAACUACACCCAAGAUUACCUUUGGGCUAUCGUUUUCGCUACUGCCGAUUCUUCAGUCACUCUUACUUCCGGAUCAAACUCUCAAACUUUCUCCGUUUCAAAAGGUUUGAACAAACUCAAACUCUCAAUGUCAGCUGGUUCCAUUUCCGGUUCUAUUUCUCGAUCGGGAUCAACAGUUGCUUCAUAUAAUGCCGGUUCAAGUUUCACUUACACCACUUCGCCCGCUACAUACAAUUACAACUACUUUGUCGGAUCGAGCUCAUCGUAA